AUGAGUGACACCGCCAACUUCGGCUCCGCCUCCCAUGCGGAUCCUGUCGAUAAAAACGUCUACUUGGAAGACGAUCCUCAUCGUGCUGCUUUGGAGGAUAACCCUGAAGUACCUGAGAAACUCACCUGGAGCACUGUCCUGUCUAUCUUCUUUCUCGGCUUGGCCUUCGUGGGCCCUGUUUCGGGCGGAUUCCUCCUACCAACGGCGAUCCUCUUCCAGAUCGGCACAGAGCUAGGUGACACCUCAAACAUCGCCUGGAUUCCCGGUGGAUGGUCGAUUGCAUCUUCCGUCUCUUUCUCGAUCGCGGGCUCCCUUAGCGACAUCUUCGGCCGCCGCUACGUGACGCUCAGUGGCCAGGCUUUUGCUGUCGUCGGUGCCAUCGUUGGUGCUACGGCGAAUACGACCACCACUGUUGUCGUUGCCUCUACACUGCUCGGGUUCGCGACCGGCAUCAUCUUCGUUGCUUAUGCUGGAAUCCCGGAGCUGCUACCAAACAAGUGGCGGUAUGUGCGGCGAAACGCCAUUGCUCAUAUCUUCCACGCCAUGGCCGUCCCUUGGUCCAUAUGUGGUGUGAUCAUCGCCAACCAACUCGUCUCCAAAGCGACGUGGAGAUGGUGCUUCUACAUUGCCAUCAUAUAUUCCGUCAUUUCGGUGGUGGGCACGGCGCUGGUCUACUUCCCCCCCUCUCGCCCGCGAAGAGACUACGAAAAGACCCGCUGGCAGGAGAUCAAGGAAAUUGACUACCUGGGCAUUGUUCUGUACACGUCAGGUUUGACUGUCUUCCUCGUUGGACUUACCUGGGCAGGUUCGGCUGCGCACCCGUGGAAGAGCGCCUCCGUGAUCGCACCCAUUGUCAUCGGCGUCGUCGUCUUUAUUGCGUGCUUCGUCUACGACUUCACAGUCCCACAGCAGCCUUUCUUCCCACUCGACCUGUUCCGCCGAUAUCGAGAAUUCACCGUCCUCCUCGUUGUCGUGUUCGUGGCCGGAAUGAUCUUCUACUCCAUGGCUGGUCUUCUGCCGCAAGGGACACUCUACAUGUUCGAAAGUGAUCCGACCCAGAUUGGCUUGACCCAGCUGCCCAAUGGUAUAGGCACUUUUGUCGGCGGUACACUCAUGCCUGCGAUCGCUCACAAAAUCAAGCACUUGAAGAUGCAGAUCAUCGUCGCGCUGACGAUCCAGCUGGUCUUCGUGGCUCUGUACUCGGUGGCAAUCCCGCAGAGCAAGGCGGCGUGGAUGGCUUUCCAGUUCUUCGGACAAGGUUGCUUCGGCAUGAUCACACUUCUCUGCUAUUUCAUCGCGGGACUCCAUGUACCACUUCGAGAACUCGGCAUUGCUUCAGGCCUCAUUGGCACAUUCCGCAGCGCGGGCGGGAGUGUUGGCAACGCCAUCUUCAACACGAUUCUGACCUCCGUUGUCAAUGUCGAAAUGCCCAAACGAGUCAUCGCAGCCGCCAUUGAUGCCGGGUUUCCCGCCGCCAAUCUCGAACAGCUGAUCCCCGCCGUCAUAGGCGCGGCGACCGGCGUGCCCGACGCCUUUGCUGCCGUGAAAGGCGCCACACCUGCAGUUCAAGCCGCCACACUUACGGCGUACCGUGGAGCCUAUGGCUACGCGUUCAAGAGAGUGUUCUGGGCGACGAUUCCGUUUGGUGUGAUCGCCAUCAUCGCCGCCUGCUUCGUCUUGGAUUCAUCCAAAUAUCUGACCAACCAUACAGCCGUGCACAUGGAGAAGGACACCAUCGGCGGCCGGACGGUGACGCAGGUCCAACAUACCGAAGAUGUCGAGAGACACGAUGGGCUGGAGAAGGUGGAGCAUGGCACGAACAAAAGGCUGUGA